UUGCUUCGAGGGUAAAGACUAAAGUAAGAAGAAAGCGGUUCUUAAAAAGUUAACUUCCAUCAAAAUGUACCCAAAUUGGGGAAACGUCCAAGGGGGUUAUGCGAUAUAUGGACAAGUAGAUCCAAACUAUCAGCAGCAGAUGUUACAAUGGCAGCAGAUGAACCAGAUGGGAGGCCAACAAUGGGGGACAUUUGUACAGCCUGCACCGCCGCUACCCACGGGAGGAGAAGCCAAACCACCGGAGCCCCCCGCCGACGAGAAGCCACCCCUACCACCGGAACCCCCACCUGAAGGGGGAGACACAAAGGAGAAAGACAUGAAACCCAUGUCUGAAACAGAAAAGCUGAAAUUAACACAGCUCCAGCAACAAGCUGCACAAUGGCAGCAGCAGCAAACUUGGACACAGCAACAAAUGCAUAGCUGGGGAACGGGAAUGCAGCAACAAGGUGGCAUGCAGCCACAAAGCAGCAUGCCAGCACAAGGUGGCAUGCAGCCACAAAGCAGCAUGCCACAACAAGGUGGCAUGCAGCCACAAGGCAACACGCCACAACAAGGUGGCAUGCAGCCACAAGGCAACACGCCACAACAAGGUGGCAUGCAACCACAAGUUGGUAAUCAACCAGGAGGUAUGCAACAGCAACUAAGCAGCAUGCAACAGCCAAUGGCAGGAACAAGUGGAAAUGUGCAACAGAAAAUUGAUGCUAUUUUACAAGAAGAAAGAGAAUUCAACGUACAGUACCAGCAGUGGAAGAAACAGUACGAUGAAUGGAGGGAACAAAAUCAAAACCAUCCUAACAGGGAGCAGUUUCAGCAGUACGAGCAGCAGUGGAUGAUGUACCAGAAACAAAUGGAUGACAAAAGGGCCGACAUUCAGCGACGGAAACAAACUCUGAUGCAGGAACAGGGCCAGGUGUCUCCUCAGCAGGGUCAGCAGCAAGGUCAGUUUGGGGGACCUCGCCCUCCAGCUCCUCGAGGAGGAAUAAACCAAAUGCCAGGUCCCAGGGGGCCUCAGAUGAACAGAGGAAGGCCUGAUUUUCGACCAAGAGGACCUCAAGGGCAGUUCCGGCCACAAAUGAAUCAGGGACCUCGAGGAAACUUCAACAGUGGCUUCCAGGGAAUGAGUCAAGAAGAAGAUUAUGAGGAGAAAGGGAUGGAUCUGGAUGAUGACUUGGAGGAGGAGGGGAACGCUUUGAUGAACCAAGUUAAUCAGGUUGAACCUCAAGGACAAAAUAUGGGAGGUCCCAGAUCACCAUGGUCAAUGGGAGGGAACAACAAAUUUGGAGGGCAGGAGCAGCAAAACUUUGGUCGAGGGAUGGCUCGGGGUCAGAGGCCUCCAAGGGGAAGAGGGGGGAGAGGUAACCAGCGAGGAGGAAGAGGAGGUGGGGGAGGACCUGUCCCUUUGAUGAGUAUGAGCUUCAAAGACCAGGGAGGAGAGACCUACGAGGGACAGGGUGAAGGAGAGAAAUAUGACGAUUCCUACGAGAGAAACCCUAAUAAUGUUCCUAUAGGGCAAGGCAGAGGAGGGCCAAGGUUCGGAUUUAACCGCGGUCAAGGAGAUCCAAGACCUCGAUUCCAGAAAAACAAUCCCAACCAGCAGGGCUUCAACAAUCCCAACCAGGGUCCGAGGUUUGGAGGGAGAGGCAUGCAGAAUCAGGGGCCAAGGUUUGGGUUCCAGGGAAAUCAGCAGAAUCUCCAGAGAGAGGGUUGGCAUGGGGCGCAGGAGGAGGGCAGACAACAAGCGUGGCUUCAGAAACAUCUACAUGGAGGGGGCGGGGGAAACCCCCAGCAUUCUGGCCCAGGGGACAGAAUCAAGGCUGAGCCAGAAGACCAAUUCGAUGGCCCAAAGGAUACCUCACAGGGUGCUGAUUCUUCAGAAAUAGAUGCGCUAAGAAAACAACAGGAUACUCUUAAUGAAUUAAAAAAAAUGGAACAAAAAACUGCUGAAAAAACUAGUGAGGAAAAGGAUCAAGGAAAUAACUCUGGACCCUCUGAUUCAGUCAGUAUUAAAACUGAGCCGAAAUCUCCCUCAAAACAGUCAGAUCAGAAGGGCACUGCCAAACCUGGGGACAUACCAGCUGAUGAACAACGAGAGGGAAGUUUAAGUAAAGAAAAUCUGGGGCAGAAGCCUGGGCAACAAGAUCUAAAAGGUCCAGGCAUGCCUGGUCCAAAUCAACAUGGACCCAGAGGACCAGGACAAAACCAAGGGCCUGUGCCCAAUCAGUUCAGCCCUAGAGGUCCAGGGCCAAAUCAAGGCCUUAGAGGUCCCCGACCACAACAACCAGGUCCUAGAGGGCCAGGUCCUUUUCAACAAGGACAAAGACCCUCAGCUCCAGGGCAACAUGGACAAAGGGGACCCUCUCCUCAACAGCAGGGUUAUAAUAAUCAAGGUCAAAAUGAAAUGGGUCCCAGGGGACCUAAUCAACAUGGUCCAAGAGGACCUGGUCCAAAUCAGCAGGGCCCAAGGGGUCCUGGUAUGAAUCAGCAAGGACCUAGGGGUCCAAAUCAGCAAGGUCCUAGAGGGCCUGGUCCUAAUCAACAAGGUCCUAGAGGGCCUGGGCCAAAUCAACAAGGUCCUAGAGGGCCUGGGCCAAACCAACAAGGUCCUAGAGGGCCUGGGCCAAACCAACAUAGACCAAGAGGUCCUGGUCCAACCCAGUCAGGAUUUAGAGGACCUAGUCCAAACCAACAAGGUCCUAGAGGGCCUGGGCCGAAUCAGCAAGGUCCUAGAGGGCCUGGGCCCAAUCAGCAAGGUCCAAGAGGACCUGGCCCUAAUCAACAUGGACCAAGGGGUCCAAGUCCAAAUCAACAGGGAUCAGGAGCACCUGGUCCAGGACUGAAUGAAAGAGAUCAAGAUCCAAAUGAAGGACCUCAACAACCAGGGCCAAAUCAGUUAAUUGAUGUGACAGAAGAAUCUCACAACACAGGUCAAGAACAGGAAUACACACAAGAGGAUGAGAAUGCAGACAAUGGCUGGCAGGCACCGUGGGGGCCAGGCUGGAGGGGGCGUGGCAGAGGGCGUAGACCUUACCGGGGGAGAGGUGGGGUUGGCCAGAGGGAGCCCUACCCUGCAGAGCAGAAAGAGGGACCCCCGGCGGAUGACUAUCCUGACCGGGUGGGACUGCCUGAGCAGCGACCUAGAGAGGGCUAUUAUGACAGAGAGCGAGAGCCAUUUGGUGACUAUGGCUGGCACGACCGCAGAGCAGAUCCUUAUUAUGAACGACGAGACCCGUACUAUGACCGAUUUGAUCCCUACCCCAGGCGAUAUGACCCGUACGACAGACCCCCUCCCCCUCCCGAUCCUUACGACCGCCGCCCUCCUCCACCCCCAGACCCCUUUGACAGGAGGCCCUACCCAGAGCCGUACAGUCGACCCUAUGAUUAUGGCAGAGAUUAUUACGACGCGUAUCGACCCCCACCCCCAGUCGAGGAUCGACCUUUCCAGAAACCAGAGGUCAUUGAUCAUGCUCACAAGUCAUCAGGGGAUUUCCUGCCUAGAGCGCCAGAAACCCCUUAUGUGGCCCCACAGACUGUCAUAGACUAUGGUCACGGACGGUCAACAGAGGAAAAAGAAAGACCACCUUCAGCUACAGACAGAGACAGAGACAGGUUCCGGGAUCCGGGGUCCUACAGAAGUCCGAGCCACGACCGGAAUGUCCAUGAGCCGCGGAUCGAGGUGGUGAAGGUGGAGGACCUCCUGAUAUUACCUGGUCGCCGCACACGCCCGCCGCAGAUCGUGGUCAUCCUACGGGGACUCCCCGGAUCAGGGAAAACCUACGUCGGAAAACUCGUCAAAGAUAAGGAGGUACAGCAUGGGGGAGGGGCCCCGCGGAUGUUAUGUCUGGACGAUUACUUCAUGACAGAGGUCGAGAAGACGGAGAAAGAUCCAGAGACCGGCAAAAAAGUCAAGAAAAAGGUUCUGGAGUACGAAUAUGAGCCCGAGUUAGAGGUCUCGUACAGGCAGAAUAUGUUCAAAAGUUUCAAGAAAACCAUUGAUGAUGGCUUCUUCCCCUUCAUCAUUGUGGACGCAGUCAAUGAAAAAGUCAAACACUUUGAGGAGUUCUGGAGUUAUGCCAAGUCUAAGGGAUUCCAGGUGUACAUUGCUGAGAUAGAGGCUGAUAUAACAGCGUGCUCCAAGCGAAACACACACCACAGAUCCAUGAAAGACAUUGAAAAGAUUAAGAAGUACUGGGAGGAGACACCUCGCCAUUACCUGAGGCUGGAUGUCCGAGCUCUUCUCCAGGAGGACUCCAUUACUGAGGUGGAAAUGGAGGACACGGAAUCAAAUACGUCGGAGAAACGUCGUAAAACAGAGAGUGACGAGGAGGAGGAUCUAAAGAUAGGCGGGGUGCAUAUUAAGAAAAGCAAGUGGGAAGUGGGAACUGAGGAGGAACUCGACAAGCUGGACGGUCUGGUCCACCAGAAGAAGAGGAGGCCAGCCACCCCUGUAUCCAUUGACGAUUUCCUAGGAGAGUAUUACUCCAAGCCUCUGGCCCCUGGGCAGAAGAGGGUGCGCUGGGCAGAUGUGGAGGAGAGGAAGGAACAGCUCCGUCGGCGUGAGAUCGGCUUCGUGGUCGGUCAGACCCAGAGAGACUGGGAGAGGAUCACUGAUGAUACGUUCGCUGACAGACAGCUCAACAGAACUAAAUACAUAUAACACAAUAAAAUCAAUUCUACUUAAAAAGGAGGAAUUUUUAAAUCUGCAUUAUAAGCGGACUUUGAAGCCAGUGUGCUGACUGGGUUAAUGAGAGAGCCACAUGUACUUAGAAGUUUGACUGUGAUGUGAAGAAGAGGGUGCGACAAACUGGUGCCGAGACCUCUGACUGUUUUGUAUAUGAAUCAGAUUUUCAUCCUAGAUGUACAGAUAUCGUGCGACGAUUUAAGCCUUAAAAAGGUUGUCCUCGGCUCCAGAUUUUAAUUGUUUUUAAUGCUUCAUGUUUUUUAGUUGUGUUGUUCAUAGACUGUCUCUUGUUGUAUAUCAAUAAAGUAUGUACGCCAUCGUU